GCAUAAUCAUCGCUGUUGCGAACGCGCCUGCUCCCACAUCAGCUCCACGCGCCACCGCGCCAGAUCCCGUGCACCUAGCCACAAAAAAGUCAGCCCCGGAGCUGGUUGCAGACAAAGCCUCGACAAGGGCCACGCCGACCUCUCCCGUCGCGAACCACGUCAUGCCACUCAAGGGACGCCGCGCAGGUCAGCCGUCUGACCCAGACGCAAUUGGCAAGCUAUUCGCGGCAUACAACAAAGGCCGUGAUGCUCCCUGGCUGGAUGCGAAGCCUGUUGCGGUCGACUGGGAACAAGAGAUCCUGCAGUUGGCCCAGCGAUACCGAGUUGAUCACGAUAAAGAACAAUUAGACAGGAGUCUGGGCGAUCUCAAGAAGUCCCUCAACCGCGAGUUGGACAACUGCGCAAUAGGGAACGGAUGGAAUGUUUGGUAUGGGUGGUAUGCCGUCAACUGCAUCCAAGGUACCUUCAAACAGCAUCAAAUACGACACGGCCAGAUCGAAUGGAAGCACCACUUGUACUGGCAUUAUGGGGUCGAGCUGUUUAACAUGUUGGUGGACGAUCGACUAAAGCACCACGGAAUUGGGGCGUUGAAUAUUCUCGCAUGUUUCGCCAAUUCCAGAUACCGCGGUGCAGGUCUUGGGAGCGAUCGCGAUGCUUUAGACAAGUAUGCAGCGCUUGACCUGCAUGAGCCCCCGGACAGCAGACCCCUUCCUCUCAUUCCAUGGUGGAUCGCUGAGUUGUUCGAACUUGAGCUCUCGGAUGUAUGCCGAUGCAUGAGGAUGACAGAGUUGAGAGCUCGCUACGGCGAUAGUGUAAGGCAGUGCUCCCUACCCAUCUCCACAUACCAAGACAUCAAAGCCGCAUGUGCCCUAAAGCAGCCUGGACCUCAUACUUCCCCAAGGGCAGCGGGUCAGACCUGCUUCGACACUGAGCCAAGCGAGCAGAGCUGGCCCGUAGCACAAUUCGUCAAGUCUUUGCCUCAGGUCGCUGGGUCACCUGAGUUCAAUGGCCCCGUACUGCCUUGUCCUCCCACACCAGCUGCCGCCUCUGCAGGACAAAGGUCCUUCUCUGGUGUCAGCCGGCGCUGGGCUGUCGAUGUCUUGCAUCCUAAACCUGUUCAGGACACCGGAUCCUCGCUUCAAGCCCUAUCGGAUAGAACCGUUACGCGGCACGCGGGCAGUCCCCUUGAUGAUCGUGUUGCAUCUCUGAGCAUCCCCGAGGCAUCAAGCCUGCCUGCUGCCCUAGCGUUUGACACUCCGCGGACCAUCCCGAGCGAGUCAACUGCCCCUCCAGUAGUGGCUCUGCAUACGAUCAGCGCACAAGCUCACUCUCCGGCAGAACUGCAAGGACCAAACAACCCAACUUCGGGCUCCGCGCCAACGAAAGGCCAGGACACACCAAUUCCGCUACCCCCGAGAGCAGACAUAGCUCUGUCUGAUCAGACACGCUCGAGUGUCCAUGGUCAGGAUACGGGGGAGCCGCAAGGUCUUACAGGAUUGCCAGCCAGCGCUACUGGACCUGGGCCCGUACACAAACUAGAUGAUUUCCCACAUCAUAUUUUUGACAGUUACAGAGACUACUUCACGGAUGUUGUGGACUUCAGUGCACCGUUGAUGAAGCUGGUUCAUAGCCUGGCAAGCUUUGACUUGAGUACUGCGAAGGCGGAAGUGGUCCCGCCGACGCAAAGAUACGUGGAAGGAGAAAAAGACGAUAGUCGGAGCCUGUGGAGCUUGGUGGAAACCUUUGACAAGCUUGAGGCAUACCGAUACUCGAUACCUCAUGAUCGUCUCGGGAUUCUCAGGGAAGCUAUCGAUAGUCUCGAUGUCAAAUCACUCUUCGGCCGCGGAAAACGGGAAUGGACAGCCGAGAUCAUCAGGCUUGUCAGGGGCUCGGCUACCCUGGAUAUGGAUGUCCGUGUCGAGUUUGUGGUUGUCAUUCCACUACCAAGACUUGCAGUUCAUGCGCCAAGGGUGAUCUUCAACCAGGGGAGGACGACCAGCGAAUAUGCGUCCCACCACCAGUGGCCAGUGUUGGUGUUUUUGGAGCGUGGACAUAGUAUCAAGACUUACGACGAGAUUCAGUUCAUCUGGGUCUCUUUUCAGAAGAUAGACUAACAAAGCUGUAGCCAUCACAAAUUAAUACAUUAGUUCACUUA